UUUUUUAACGGCUGUCUGUUAUUAGGCUACUCAAUGCUGUCAUUAUAACUGACCAGUAAAACAUAUUUCAACUGUGUAAAACGGACUUGGAAGGUAACCGGGUUCAUUUAAAAAAUUCAAAUUCAAGUUUUAUUUUGGUAGGAGAAACACUGGGUACCACAACAAAUAGCCAUUCGUUAACAGUUAUAUGCAUAUCUGGUAUAAAAUAAAGAAAAAUAUAUUAGCAUUCUUGUCCAUCAAUAUUUCUGAAAUAGGCAAACUUACCACCUGCGAUAUCUAAUCGUAAUCACGCAAUGAAGUAAACAGGAAGAAAUAACGGAGCUAAUUCCAUGAACACGAGGCAGGGUGGAGUUGCAGGUCGGUCAAGUCGCGAAGUAUCCUCAAAGCUACUUGAAACGGCGUUUUGGUUGGCUAAGUGGCAGCAACUGAAGGUUGAGUAGCACAAGUCCUGAUCGAAACAGACCUGUUACCAAAAACAGGUGCAGUCAUGGGAAGAUUGUACCGUCAUUUUGAGGUUGUUGCCUUGCUUGUCAUUGGAAUGCUCUGCUUGGCCAUAAUUCUCAGCAAAGAUGAACCAUCCCAUAAUUUACAGACAGGCAAUAUCCACAUAAAUGUAAGGAAGUCAUUUUCUGAACAGCCAUCUUUGAAACUCUUGCCUGAGAGCAUGGGUCAGUAUGCCUCACCACCUUGUGAACGGAAUUUCUCUGCUGCCAACAUUUCUGGAUUUUCAACUCUUCCAGGCCACAUCCAGGACUUCUUGUUUUAUCGUCACUGUCGACACUUCCCAAUGCUGCUCAACGUGCCAGAUAAGUGUGGGAGCAUGCCCCACGAAUCAGCAGAUGUCUUUCUGCUGUUGGUGAUAAAGAGUUCCCCUUGGAAUUAUGACCGCCGCGAGGUACUGCGGAAAACCUGGGCGAAAGAGCGGCUGCAGAACGGGGUGUGGAUCCGUCGGGUGUUUAUCUCUGGGACGGUGGGCACAGGCAUCGAAAAGCGCAAGCUGAAUAAGCUAAUGCGUCUGGAGAACCGCGAGCACCACGACAUACUGCAGUGGGACUUUAACGACUCCUUCUUCAACCUCACCCUCAAGCAAAUCCUCUUCUUGGAGUGGAUGCAGAAGUGCUGUCCUCAGGUUCGCUUUCUCCUGAAUGGUGAUGAUGACAUCUUCGCCAACACUGACAACAUGGUGGAGUACCUUCAGAGCCUCGACGGCAACGACGGAAGUAAACACUUAUUUGUGGGCCACCUCAUUCGCUAUGUGGGACCCAUUAGAGAGUCUGGGAGCAAGUACUUUGUACCUGUCCAGGUACAAGAGUCAAACUCUUAUCCCCCAUACUGUGGUGGAGGGGGUUUCUUACUCUCUGGCUUCACAGCUAGGGUUAUAUACAACAUGUCCCACAUUGUCACCAUCCUGCCCAUUGAUGAUGUGUACAUGGGUAUGUGUUUAGAAAAAGCUGGACUGGAGCCAGUGUCUCAUUUUGGAGUUAGGACUGCAGGGCUUCAUGUUCCCUCUCAUAAUGUUGAUGCUUAUGAUCCUUGUUAUUAUCGGGAUAUUAUCUUGGUACACAGGUUCUUGCCCCAUCAAAUUUUCAUUAUGUGGCAUGGAAUUCAUGAACCUGACUUGAAGUGCGGAAGUUCACAAAUUUCAAACUCGGAAACAUAGUUUUGUGCAACCAGACUGAAUUGACGUUUUUGGAAAUGUUUUGGUUUUUUGGCAUAGCCCUGACAAGAAAUUAUGGACAAGCGCCCCAAAUGGUGGUGGAUGCUAAUGACAUGGACAACUCACAGUGGCAAAUAAUUCAAAACCUCAUACUUGUCAUAUUGCACUUAAAAUUCAGAAUAAAAAAUGUAAACAGUUUAAGGAAUUACAUUGUUGAACUUGAAAUUGUUGUUCCAUUGUGAUUUUAAUUAUUCCCUGCAACCCAUAAUGUGUCUGGACUGGACUGCAUCUCAUAUCAUACAAAUUUGUAAACUUUUAA